UCGUACUGGUCCUUCGGACUGUCAGUAUUUAAGGAUUUUUGCUUCGUUUAAAGAGAGAAAUCUGCCGAAGAAAGAAGCUUGGGAUCAUUUGGAGUUUUAAGCUUUGUAGAUUUGAGGCGAGGCAGGACCCGCGGCCGCCAAGGACAAAAGAUCACGAGGACCCCGGGCGGCCGCUCCCGACCCAAAUAAAUAAUUCCUGGGCCUCACUGACCCGCUCCCUAAGAAGCACCCUGGAUUCCAGCAUGAGCAAAGCUGAAAUGGGCAAACUCAACAGCACCCGCGAGGAGGACAGCAGCAGCUACAGCUCGAACAGCAACGACUUCAGCUAUCACUACCCCACCAAAUCAGCUGCUAUGAAAAGCCAUUACGUAGAUAUGGAUCCAGAAAACCAAAACUUUUUACUUGAAUCCAAUCCAGGGAAGAAGAAAUAUGAAACUGAAUAUCAUCCGGGUACAACUUCCUUUGGAAUGUCAGUAUUUAAUCUGAGCAAUGCAAUUGUGGGCAGUGGUAUCCUUGGACUUUCUUAUGCCAUGGCAAACACAGGGAUUGCUCUCUUUGUAAUUCUCUUAGUCUUCGUGUCAAUAUUUUCUCUGUAUUCCGUUCACCUUCUCUUGAAGACUUCCAAUGAAGGAGGAUCUCUAUUAUAUGAACAACUGGGAAUGAAAGCAUUUGGCAUGCCUGGAAAACUUGCAGCAUCUGGAUCAAUUACAAUGCAGAACAUUGGAGCUAUGUCAAGCUACCUCUACAUAGUGAAAUAUGAGUUACCAUUGGUCAUCAAGGCAUUUAUGAACAUUGAAGAGCAUUCAGGAGAAUGGUAUUGGUAUACCAAUGGCGAUUAUUUGGUUGUAUUAGUAUCCUUGGGGCUCAUUCUUCCUUUGUCACUGUUGAAAAAUUUAGGUUAUCUGGGCUACACCAGUGGAUUUUCCUUGUUGUGCAUGGUCUUCUUCCUUAUUGUGGUCAUUUGCAAGAAAUUUCAAAUUCCUUGUGGAGUGGAACAUGAUAUAAUUAAUGCAACUCUGAACAUUACCAUAGAACAACUGAUGAUUGCAAAUGAAACAAAUGUUAAUGCAACUUAUGAUUCCUGUGAACCAAAAUAUUUUAUCUUCAACUCAAAGACUGUGUAUGCUGUACCAAUCCUAACAUUUUCCUUUGUCUGCCAUCCUGCUAUUCUCCCUAUUUAUGAAGAACUGAAAGGCCGAACCCGCAGAAGAAUGAUGAAAGUAUCCAAUGUUUCAUUUUUUGCCAUGUUCCUCAUGUACCUUUUGGCUGCUGUCUUUGGAUACCUGACAUUUUAUGGAAAUGUUGAAGCCGAGUUGCUUCAUACAUACUCAGCAGUGCUUGGGGCUGAUAAUCUCCUUCUGAUUGUGCGCUUGGCAGUCCUGAUGGCAGUCGUUCUUACUGUUCCAGUUGUGAUUUUUCCAAUUCGCAGUUCCAUCACACAAUUGCUCUGUGCAGACAAAGAAUUUAGUUGGUUGCGUCAUUGUGCUAUUACAGGAGCUAUUUUGGUAUUCACCAAUAUUCUCGUCAUUUUUGUUCCCACAAUUCGAGACAUAUUUGGAUUCAUUGGUUCCUCUGCUGCUGCCAUGCUAAUCUUUAUACUCCCAUCAGCUUUCUACAUUAAGCUUGUGAAAAAAGAACCAAUGCGAUCUGUACAAAAAAUUGGGGCUCUCCUGUUCCUGGUAAGCGGUGUAAUUGUGAUGAUUGGAAGUAUGACCUUAAUCAUUGUGGAUUGGAUCAACAAUUAACCUACCUGCUUUAUACACAAGUCUUCAUCCUACCACCUUCUGGGAGAAAAAAGUCUGCCUAUGUUUGCAGUUCUGCUUCCUUUGAUGGUGGUUCUUCUAACUGUAGAAGAGAUGAACUUUAAAGAAAGGAAAGCAGAAGAAACUAUUCUACGCAAUGAGAAUAGAUACUAAUAUCAAGCCAGCUGAAUCUUUGGCUGAGUGAAGUGACUUUUUUUUAUUCCAUUCCAGGGAAUGGACAGCUCUCUCUGUAAAAUUUUAUCAAGCCAUGUUGGGCUUUUGACAUUGUUACUUGGAUUCUUUAUUAUUUACUUGAAUGUGCCUAAUGGAAACGAUUGAUGUGAGAAGUAAGUUAGUUUACAGCAAGUUGCUAAGCUAGCCAUUAAAAGCAAGGAAAAAACAGUUAUUAUUUUUAUACCAAAUACGUAUGGAUUCAAAAGCACUAUUUUGACUUUUAAGAAAACAUUUUAUAAGUUAAGGAUCCAAAUAAGGGUUAGAAAAAAAAUCAGUAUACUGUUUAAUCAGUGUCCUAAAUUCAACAAAUUUUGCCUGUCUACUGAGGCAUGUUCUCAAAAUUAUAUUUUUGGCCUCAAUAAACUUAUUUUUGAAAUCUGUUAAAACUAAUGAAUAAUUAAUUGACUACCUUGAAAGAACAGAACUAUAAUUAAGUUCCAUAUGUAAUUUUAGUUAUUCUAAAACUAAAACCAAACAAAUAUUGGUAAGUCCCAAUUAUAAUAUACUUAAUCCAAUUAACAUAAACUACCAUACGGUGUUUCAAGGAGCUAGUUCCUCACAUUUAAUUUUUAAAAAAACAGCAUUGGAAUGGAUGAUAUAUUAAUUUAUGGCAUCCAGUCUAAUUAGAGCUAUAUCCAGGCAACUCUUGAAAUUAAUGAGAAUUUUAUAGGAGGAUUAUUUGGCAAAUUACUGGCCCUGUACAUAAAAUACAAUCUUAGCAUUUUUCUUCUUGAGGUACUCAAUAGUGCAAUUAUAGAACAUAAAAACAUUUUUGUUCUAUUUUUUUUCCCCCAUUUGGUCUGUCUUACCAAAGCACAGUAAAUUGUUAGGUAAUAUGAUGUUCCUAGUGAAAGAUCUUGAAACAAUCUGGCUUUUUAGUAUAUAAAACAAAUAAUAUUGAGCUAAUACUAUAGUUUACUAGAGGUAAAGUAUGCCCAGAUUGAGUGGUACUUUUCAGAUGCAUGUUUUCAUUCAUUAUUAAUAUUUUACAUUAUGUUACAUAAUUACACCAGACUUUGGUGCAUAUGGCAAAAAUCUCUUCAUAAAAUAACUGGAUUUCUUAAUGCAGCUUUCAUUAGGCUCAUGAAAUGCAGUAAGCCUUGAUUGACUAAACUGUCAUCUCAUAUAUACUUGUUGCUAAAGUAAAUCUGCCUCAAUAUUAUUGAGACAGUGGGGUAACAACUCAUAGGUCAUAUACAGUAAGUAUCCAGAGCAUGAUCCUUCCCUGACUGGACAACAGAGGCUAUGGAGUAUAAGCAUUCAGUGAACGGGUAAUCUGGGCAUGCCUCCCAUACUCCUGUCCAUCAACCAUUCGUCACAUCAGUCUGGAAACACAAGAAGAGCUAAACGUUGACUUACAGAGAUAUUUAAUGAAUUGUGCCAAGUGGGAUAGAGGGUAAACUCUUCUCUGUUACAGUCUGUAGUAAUAAAUCUGUGUUGCAAGUGCUGCACUUGCCGGAGGAAGGAUCAUGUUCGUUUGGUUACUACACAUGUUAAUCAUACUAUUUCAAGCCCAAGGUAAAGAGAUUCAGGAGGCUGUUUUACAUUCACAGAAAUUGCUGAGGAGAUACUGACAGAAUCUAAAAAGGCAGAGUUUAAUCAGGUAACGUUCAGAGGAUUGUUUUCAUCUGGCAUAAUAUAAGUUAGUAGUAGCUAAAUAGUAGCUAAUGAGUUAGAGGGAUCAAACAAUGGCAUGUAAUUAACCAGGGCAUUUUUUAAAGCAUAGGUUCAUUUAAAUAUAUAUAUAUAUAUAUAUGCAGCAGGUAUUUCCCAUUGUAUCCUCAUUCUUAACCUAAUGUUUCAUUAGGGCGCUUGUUAAUAAGGAACCUGAUUUUUGAAAAGUGACUGUGUUUUUUCCCCUUAUUGCCUUAGAAAGGCUAGACAUUUGAAUUCAAGCCAUGGUUCUAGGCAGGACAAUAUAAUCUGUACUUGAAUAACAGUUGUGAUAAUCUCUUUUAUUCCUAAAAUGUCAGUAAUCAACACUAGUACUGUUAAGAACAUAAAGCUUAUUUUUUGAUCUAGAUUGUCUAAAGAGAACAUCUUAAAAUUUCAAAGAUCCGUCUUUUGUAAGCAUUUAGGUGGUAUAACGUAAGAUUUCAUUAAGUGUUUAUAUCUCAGAACUACCAUUGACAUUAGUGGGUGGAGACAACAUAUUUAUGUAGCAGAUAUAAAUAAUAUAAUAUUUUUUUUGUAUUUGAACUAGUCUAGUUGUAUUUUGCUCAACAUCUUAGAUACUCCAGAAAGUAUAUGGAAUAAUUUAAAAUGACAUUUUUUUUCUUUACAACAACAACUAGGGUUGCCCAGUAUCUUUAACCCAGCUGGAGUUAAAGAACAAAAAUCCUUCUUUUCCAACAAUAAAAAAGGUACAGCUUAAUUGUUCAUCUAAAAGCCAGAAAAGUAACAAAAGUGGGAAAAAUAGAGUGUUAAUUUCUGUGUCUCUAUAAAUGAUACUGAAUUAUUGCUGGAUCAUUGUUCCAGCAAUUGGAACAAAUGUAUUAAUUUCUGUGUCUCCAUAAAUGAUACUGAAUUAUUGCUGGAUCAGCAAUAUCUGGACAGUUCAAAUUAUGGAUUGCAUGGUUUUCUUUCAUUUGGCAAACUUCUCAAACUACUCCUGAGUACCACUAAGAUAUCUUGUUUGCUGGUAUAAGAACAUGUGGUACACAAACGUCUCAGGAGCUAGUAGUUUCAGUAUUAAACCAGUUUGUCACCUCAUUUUAAAAUUACUGUCUUCCAUGUUAUUUUACUCACAAUAUGUAACAUGUUAUUUAUAGAACAGUAACCUACUGAAGUUAAAACCUAUUUUUCAAUAUUUAUGGGUAACCUCUGUAUAUAAAUUAUUAUAUGUGUGUGUGUGUGUGUAUAUAUAUAUAUAUAUAUAUAUAUAUUGUAAGUAUAUUGUAUAUAAGGUAAGUUUAGGAUUUUGAUUAUGUAUAUAAGUUUUCGUUAUGUUUAAUAGUUAACACAUUAAAUCCAUAAUUCCUUUAUGUUGUAUAUCCAGGAAAUUGUCACAUGCAAAUUUCUGAAAAACUGGUAUGCCAAUAAUAUAUUUUUUUUGUAUUUGUUAUAUAAGGACAAAUAUUAAAAAAGGAAAAACCUAGGUGUACCCAAAAUGUAUUAGUUCAAUUCUAUAUUUUUCUUUGAACUGUAUAUCCCAUUCCAUACCACAAACUAAUAUGAAAUUCCUUCAGCUUCCAAAAUAAUUUGGGACGUAAGAAAAGUGGAAGCUAUUAUUUGACAGCAAAAAAGCAUUUUUUUUGAUUCGGAGAAUUAGUUCCAUGAUUAUUUGAAACCCGGCCAUUGUUGUAGGCCAUUGUUGUGAAGUGAGAGACCUAAUUUUUCAAUGUACAAUUUGCAUUGAUGUUUUCAGCAACUGUUUUUAAAACCAAUGACUGAAGUUUCAUAUAUAGGUAUGAUUUGUAUAUAUCAUGUAUGUAUAUAGAGAGAUUCAUGUUGUAUUGUUAGAUCAACAAUUUAAAUACAAUUGUUGAAAAGAGUGCUACACUGUUUCAAUGAAACACUGUACAUUUUAGCUAAAUAAAGUUACAAAUUUAA